AUGGCGGGUGCCUGCUCGAUAUGCCAGGCACUCCGCCUAAAUUCAGCCCUAAGAAAAUGUUUAAGGUUUAGAUAUUUUCCACCAAAACUCAAGUAUGCUGUACCUGCAGCUUUCUUAUCUAGCGUUGGUUUUCUUGGGUCUCAGCGUUCCACAGAGAGUAGCAUUUCUGCGAGUCUUCUUUCGCAGAGCAAACACUUGCCCAUCACGCUUUGCUUAGGUUCAAGAUCUUUUAGAACCACAGCGGUUCAGCGAGAACGUGCGAGUCAAGAGUCGGAUGAUGUGAAAACAGGUUCCAAGAAAAUCAAGGCAAAGCUUGAGCAAAUGAAAGAAAUGGUGAGAAAAAAUCAAGGAUAAAACGGCGAGUGGAGGGUAGGAGGAGGAUGGGGCACAGGUAGCCCAAGCUCACUAUGAGAGCCCUGAACAACAUUAUCCUACUUAGCUAAUUAAUUAUUCAUACAGCAAGAAAAUUAUAAGACGUUGUAUGGAGAAAUAUUCUUUGCUCACUAAAUUAGCAAAAUGUACAUUGAAUAUCGCUUUGAAGCUUACCUUUAGCGUCUUCUUGUUUUUCUUUGUAUUCUGACUGCAUUUCAGACCUCCUAGGCACUGUUUAAGGCCUUUUUUUGAGCGACAGUUUUUCAGCCAGAUGACAGUAGAGACAAGAGAAGAGAAGGUUGGCAAACCUCUCUUGACCGGCUCCGCUCUCGGCGGCGAUAAAUUCCGUGACAUUUGCGACAUGGAGACAAUUCCGCCAGAAACAGAUGUCCUGAUAAAUAACGCACAUUUUCCAUCAUUCACAUCGCCAAAAUUCCCAUUUCGAAGGUCCUAAAUCGCCAACGGUGAGCAAUACACGGCUGAGGUGAGGCGAAGUCGAGAGCAGACCAUAACAGACUCCAACCGUCACGUCGACAAUUCAAACCGUCGCGGGCUGGCAGGGUCAAAUUGUUCAACCGUCAAUGGACAAUUGGAGCAUUUAGCCUACUGGGCACAGUAACUGAUUUUUCACUUCUCACAUUGCACUCGGAGUCGCGGAAGUCAAGCAUCGGCGUGUGAUAAUGACAAAACAUGUCGCGUUGUUAAUGUUUUGAUCUCUACCCUUCUUUUUUUAAAAGCGUUUGACAAUGGUUUUUAUGUAUGAUUUAGAAAAAAAAUUUUGCAAUAAAAUUACUACGGCUGUAAACAGUUGUUAGCUAUUUUCCUCCCUUUUUCAACAAGUGGCAGUGGGUAGCAAGUUUGGGGACAGGAUCAAAACAUUAACAACGCGACAUGUUUUGAUAUUACAUGCCACUAUCACACGCGAUGCUUGACUUCCAUGCGACCGGAGUGCAAUGUGAGAAGUAAAAAUCAGUUACUGUGCCCAGUAGGCUAAAUGCUCCAAUUGUCCAUUGACGGUUGAACAAUUUGACCCUGCCAGCCCGCGACGGUUUGAAUUGUCGACUUGACGGUUGGAGUCCGUUAUGGUCUGCUCUCGACUCGCCUCACCUCAGUUGUGUAUUGCCCACUUCGCUGGCGAUUUAGGACCUUCAAAUGGGAAUUUUGGCGAUGUGAAUGAUGGAAAAUGUGCGUUAUUUAUCAGGACAUCUGUUUCUGGCGAAUUGUCUCCAUGUCGCAAAUGUCACGGAAUUUAUCGCCGCCGAGAGUGGAGCCGGUCAAGAGAGGUUUGCCAACCUUCUCUUCUCUUGUCUCUACUGUCAUCUGGGUGAAAAACUGUCGCUCAAAAAAAGGCCUUAAACAGUGCCUAGGAGGUCUGAAAUGCAGUCAGAAUACAAAGAAAAACAAGAAGACGCUAAGGGUAAGCUUCAAAGCGAUAUUCAAUGUACAUUUUGCUAAUUUAGUGAGCAAAGAAUAUUUCUCCAUACAACGUCUUAUAAUUUUCUUGCUGUAUGAAUAAUUAAUUAGCUAAGUAGGAUAAUGUUGUUCAGGGCUCUCAUAGUGAGCUUGGGCUACCUGUGGAUGGGGUAGAUGUUGUAAUGCAUAUGUUGCAGUUAAUUUUUGUAUUUCAGCUAAUUUUUGGUUUUCCUUUGUUUUAAAUUCAUUAGCAUACAUAACCAUACCCAGAAACAAUGGAAAAAUAAAAAUAAACUGAAAUAAAAAUUAACUACAACAAAUAUAUCAACGGUUUGCCCCAGGAACCGGGGAGGGGGGGGGGUGGUGGGGAAGGGAGAGGGCGGUGUAUCCACGGAAAUUUGGCAUUUUCAGGUUUUCAAAUGGGCGCAGCUGGAAUGGACUGAUGCAUAAGGGCUGGUGUUUGCAACUGUGGUCCAGUAUGAUUUUUUGAUCUUUUUGUUAUACCGAAAACUUGUGCAGGGCAGCAUCUGGUGAAAACAUAUAAGUAGAAAGCAUAUUUUCAAAUUAGACUUUGUGCAAGUAUUGCUUCUCAAUGCGGAGGGACAAAGUACUAGGGAGUUUAGCAUUCAUGACGGUGAUGGUGGUGAAAACAUCACUUUUAAAAUAAAUUAGCAUUUUUUCAAACUUUGUUUCAUUUAUUUCAAUUCGCUGAAAAUGUUUAAUGUAGGCAAAUUUCCCUGGAGUUGAUUUCUUGGGAACCGCUCUCAAGUUUAGAAAGAGAAAGAACAUUUCGUUGUCGCUUGAUUAUGUUUUCCAUAAAAUGUGAAAUUAGGCAUUUUCACUUCGAAAUCGUGCAGCAACGGCUAAGAAAUGUACAAAAAAGCGUGAUCAAUGCCCAUGCAAACAAGUUGUUUUGCUUAAUAAACCUAUUGCUGUUCUUGUUGCCAUUUCUGUCGUCAUUGCUAAAACUCCCUACUUUUUGUCAUAAAACUUCAAAAACUUAAAAAGCAACAAGAUACUCCUAAAUUUUGUUCUGCCAUCCUUCACAAAGCAAUGAACACAUCAAAAUAUGGGAAACUCAUCCAAAUGACUACUGGGUAUUUUCUAAGAUGGCAGACCUCUUACCACUCAUUCCCUGGUCCCACUUUCCAAGAUGGCAGCUGAGUCAAAUUUCCCACCCUCAGGAUGUCCAGGAUGUCAAAUUCCCUACCCAUGUGUAUUUCAUUUAGUCUAAUUUCCAUGGCUUGCGCGCUCCCCUAUCCUUGGGCAAACCAUUGAUAGGUGCGUAAACAUGAGGGAAAUAAUUAAUUAAGCAGCUGUUCGGGUUCGUCAAGAUCAGCAAAGUGGGCAUGAUUUUUCCAAAAGUAGGUCGUAUUUCACUGUCAUACUACCAGGCCACUUUCGAAUGACCCCUAGCCUCAUUUUCAAAGUGAGUCCAGGUGCUUAUCCUUGGAAUUGACUGCUGCAUUAUACUAAAAGAAGUUUCCAUUUACAUGUAAAUGUAAGCCUCUUUUCCUAUAGCUUGCAAAGCAGGCAUAUUUUGCCAUGUGAAUAAUGCUCUCCCACCAUCUUGGAUGAUGAAACUGAUGGGGUGAGUCAAAAAGUGAUUCCUAGAGAGGAGAUGACAGAUUUAAAACAGAAUAGGGAGAGGGGAGGAAAAAAUACUUUUCCUUUUCUCCUCCCUGCCCCUCCCCUUAUUUUUCUGUGUGCUUUUAAGAUGGUGGCCUGAUGCGAUCAACAUGUACUUUUCAUAGUGCCUGCAUUGCAAGCAUUUUCAUUGGCUGGGCAAGUGAUUUUUUUUUUGCGUAAUCACCAUGUUGAAAGUGCUAUAUUUAUUUGCGCAAAAAGGCAGAUUCUCUCCAGCAACUACCCCUGAGGUUGCUCUUUCUCCUCUCCCCAAUCUUCCUUUAUCAUGAAAUCCAAGAUUGCAACUACAUGAACAUAAUAAACAAGAAGCUACUUUGUACUGCUCACCACAAAAAUACACCUGCUUUGCCGGCUACUUUUCAUAAAGAGUCCUGAUUUCCAGAUGUUUUGCUACUAGAUAUCCCUGAUCUGACUUUUGCGUGAGUUUACGGGCGCUACUUGAAAUAUUUUUAACUCAGCCCAUUUUGUUAUGAUUUUAUAAAUAAACUAUUGAGGCACCCAAAAGGAUAUAAUUUUAGAACCUUUUUUUUCCAUUUUUUUUAUAAAAUUGUUGUCUUAGAGAUAAAAAGCAUAUGCAAACUUUAGUAAGCAGACACCCUUGGGACGUGAAAAAGGUGUCUGUAACUGGAGCUGGCCGUUUAUGGGAAUGUAAGAAUACAGAGCUUGUAUCAUUGGGAGUUGAGAAAAACAGGGUUUUGUGAAGGUGGCCGUAAGUAGAGCUGUUUGUUUACGAGAGUGUCCAUUAAGAGAGCUUUUACUGCUACUUUUUUUGCCUUCAUGUAAAAAGAGAUUGAGUACCAGUAAUAACCUUUUCAGAGCAGAGGCCAUGACUCUGAGUUUUCUGAACAUUUCUGUGGUCUUUGAAAGUGUUUGUAGAAAAUGGAGAAUAAAUUUUGUGUAGGAAUUUCACAUGACUCUGAUUAAUUUUUAGCACGUAAUGAAUUGCUUACAGAGAGAAGAUAUAUUUACGAUACCAAACCUGCUGUCAACUCUCAGGAUAUUGGCAACACCAGUCCUUGGUUAUCUGGUAAUAACAGAGGAUUUUGCCAGCUCUCUAGCUUUGUUUGGUGUCGCAGGAAUCACAGAUAUGGUAGGAUCAUGCUUUAGUUAUUAGAAUCUAUGCUGUGCGAUCAUCCAAUAAUUUUGAUAAUCACUCAGAUGAUUCCAACAACAACAACAACAAUCACUCACUCACUCUUGCUCAAAAUUAAAUUUAUUACAACAAUGAAAAUUAGAGUACUGGCUGCCUGGAAUAGCCUUGGGGGCUAGUGGAGCCAGGCAGCCAGUUGACAUCAGCAUUAAAUAAAAUUAAAUUACAGGUCAGUGCUCAAGAAGACUGAGGCACAAAAUACAAUGCAAACAUAAAAGGAAAAGAAAAAAAAAGGUGAAGAGGAAAAAUGCUAUUUCUAUACUAUGAAGUAAUUGGUCUAAAAUAGUUAAAUUUAUAAAUGAAUACAAAACAUUUAUAUCAGAAGAACUUGAAAAGGUGACAGAAUUUCUAAUUUACAGGUAAUUUGAGAAACAACACAACUGCUAAUAAGAAUACAAGUAACUAUAAUAAUCUUUGACAAGAUCGACUUGGAUUCCAUUCAGUCCUAUUACCAAUGACCACCUCUUUAUAAGCACUGAUUUCUGAUUGGUGUAUGGUUGUUUUGAAUACCAUCAACUAUACACUACUAACGCUUUUCACUGCACUCAAGCCUGAUACCCAUUCUCUCUUGAGAUUCUGAGGUGGGGUACAAUCAUGUACUGUGCCUUCCAAUCUGUGCAUUAAAUAUGAAUAACUGGUCAAUGAUGCAGCCAUGAGAGCUUUGAAUGUGAGUAUUCACAUUUUCUUUUUGUAGCUUGAUGGUUUCAUAGCAAGAAAUUUUAAAAACCAGAAGUCCGUUUUGGGAACCAUUUUAGAUCCGCUGGCUGACAAGAUCCUCAUGUCUGUGCUGACAGUUUCUCUGACUUUGGUGUCUCUUUUGCCAGGUAAUGUUGUUUGGUAAAAAGUAAAAUGAAACCUUGAAUAUAAUAUAUGUACUGCAGUCAAACUUUGUUAAAAGGGACACUGAGGGGGCCACAACAAGUGUCUGUAUUAUUAAACUGGGCCUGUAUUAAGUGGGUUGAAUUUAGCUAAAAUGUAAGGGCUUUCUUUCCCCAGGGGCAAAGCAAACUGUCUGUAAUAAUCAGGUGUCCGUAUUAAGCAAGUGUCUGUAAAGAGGGGUUAAUGACUGUACUAGUGGUGUGAUUUUUUUUCAGCCUGCGUGGGAGCUAUUUGUGGGGGAAGGGAGAGAGGAAAUUAAUGCAUGGGAGAGCCCACUGGGUGUGGGACAGGAAUGCCUGCAAUGACCAAGGCCAUAGUUAGGAAUUAAGUUUUGAAAUUAUUCUUGGGGCGUAAAGCAUCAAAUAACAGCCAGUGGAAUCUAUCAUCUUCCCUUUUUUUUGAGGGUAGGAUUUGAACCUGUGACCCACCUCUUAGACUGCAAGCAGUACGUCUCUUAUUUUUCUUUGGUGUCACAGUGGAUUGAGAGCACCCUGCAUAACUUUACUUUCCUGCUUGUCGUUAGCUCUGGGGAAAAAAGGAUGACCUACUAGCCACCACUUAACAGAACCAUGCUCUUCCUACUGUGCAGCAAUGUGUGGUUCCAGAAAAUAUCCACCCCCCAAUGGAAACUCUUUGAUUAGCACCCCCCCACCCCCCAGGGUUUUCCUUUCCAGGGGGUCUUUGAUGACCCCCCUCCCCCCCAAGAAUUAUCCACUAACUUGGGCAUGUUUUUCUUUUCAGUUCCUCUAACUGCAUUGAUCCUCAGUCGAGAUGCUCUUCUUAUUGGUUAUGCAUUUUAUCUCAGAUUUAAAUCUCUUCCCUCUCCCGUGAGUAUGAUCUGUACUUCUAAACUGAACAAAGAGUCAGGGCAUUUGUUAAUGGUUUAUUGAUGGAUUGGGAGCAACCACAUGUUGCCCAAGCUCGAAAUAUAUUGUUAUAUGUACUUUCUGUAUUGCUGCUAUAACCUUCAAAUGCGUUAAAGGAUUCUAUGGGUUUUAUUGGAACAAUAAAACAGAUGAAAUGACCAUAAAUCGGCUGGGGGAUCACACAAGAAAAGAGAAAUACAGAACCUAAGUGAGGUUUGGCAAGUACUAUUGAUACCCUUUCAAAUAUUUCGUACUCCCUAGGUUACACCGAAGGAACAAUGGUUUUUUCCUCAUAAAAAUCCUUAUAUUUUGAUUUGUAAAACUGCUUUAAGCUGCGCAGUCUUUUAUUUCAGCAGUCCAUUUUCUCAUAUUGAUGUUUGGGACAAUAAUAGUCUUUCUUUUUCUUAGAAAUCUAUCUCCAGGUAUUUUGAUAUCAACUUUCCCACCGUGGAGUUACGACCAAACCUUCUUGGCAAGGUGAGUUUGCUUGUUUCAGAACCUUUUAAUUUAAAUUUAAGCAGAUUUCAAUCUCCAAUGCCCUGUGCCUGCAGUGUCAUCAUUUCCUGUCUUCUCAAUACUGGACCAAACAUGAGUGAGUAAGGCAGGGCUGUAAAUAAUUUUUUUUCUCUUGAAAAGACAUUAUGUCCUACUAAGACACCAUCUUUGUCGGACAAAACAAAAUUUUGAUUGGACAUCACCAAGAGAAGGGUGAACUUUAUGUCUGUGUUCAAAAGGUUUGAACCCAGGAGUCAUUUCAUAAGUAGUUUGAGUACGAUGGUCCAGGUGAAUGUAGUCCUGAAUAGGACUGUUGUUGUUGACAGUGACUGACGUUUCGACUACCUUUGCAGUAGUCAUCUUCAGAGUCAAAGACUAGACUAGCACACAGGUUGACGAAAUGUCAGUUACUUUCAACAACAACAGUCCUUCCUAUUCAGGACUACGUUGACCCGGACGAUCAUACUCAAUCUACUUAUGAACUUUAUAUCCUUAAAAUUACCGAGCUAUUACAUUCUCGCAAUUUGACCAAUCGUUUUGUGUUUCACUACUUAAUAUUAUUAAUAGUAAAAUAUUCCAUUUCACUUCCACUUAGGUGCAGCAGUUUGACAAAAAUAUCGGAUAAAUUUAGAUUUCUGGGAAACUGCCCACCUACCCCUCCCUUAAGCAAACGUUAACACUAACUUCUCACUUAGGGCAAAAUGUUGACUUAGGGGAGAGGUUGGUGGACAGUUUCCCAUAAACCUAUAAACUGAUCCAAAAUAUCAACCUAGCUGACAGUUCCUUUGAAUUCAGAACAUCUUCAGGAGUUAGUGCCUAACCAAUUUCAUCCUUUUGAAAUGUACUGGCAUCAAUGAAAAGCUUGACGCUCGUAAUCCAUGUUUCUUCGUAAUUUUUUCUUAGUGCCAAACAAAAUGAUUCAAUAUCGCAAUUCAUGCCCGUCCCAAGUUCGUAGCGAGAUUUUACUGUGAUGACUCUCGAAAAAUAUGAACGAAGAGAAACAUCUCACUACUUUUUGAUAAGCAUUGCUACCUUUCGCGAGGUUCUGCGAUACACUUAUUUCUUGUAUAUAACAACACUUGUGGCUGUUUUCUUUUCCUUUAUUUUAGACGAAUACUGUUCUACAGUUGGCCCUGGUCGGUUGCUCAUUAUCAGCUCCUGUGUUUGGCUUUGUUGACCAUUUAUAUUUACACUAUCUAUGGUAUGUCUUUAAGCUUCAAACCUUUCCCUAGGUUAGAUAAGGGUUACCCAGUCUCUGUAGCAUGGGACACACGUACGGGUAUUGCUACUCCGCUGAUUCCGUUUUAAUGCUAGUCCAUCGCAGAGUUCCUUAGUAGUCUGUCGUCGGUACAAACUUGCAUAAAGCACACGGUCAGACCUUACGCGGUUUCUGUAGCAUGAGGCACCCGUAGAGGUAUUGCUAUUCCAUCGAUGCCGUUUUAAUCCUAGUCCAUCGCAGGGUCCCCUAGCAGUCUGUCUUCGGUACACACAUAGGGUAGACGGUCAGAGCUUACCCGGUCUCUGUAGCAUGGGGCACCCGUAGGGGUAUUGCUACUCCGCCCACGCUGUAUGCUACUCCAUCACUGGAUCCCCUAGCAGUUUGUCGUCGGUAUCCCUCCCUUCUUAGACCAGAAACUAUGGUACUUCCUUCUCUUUUGGACUGCUUUCUGUUUUAAACAGUUACCAAACUUCAUUCAAUUCCUUCUUCUUGGCACGGUCGUUUUGAAAUCUGGUACAGUGGAACCUCGAUAUGACGAACCCCUACAUAACGGAGUCCUCGGUAUAACGAACGAUUUUCUUUAUCCCAGUAACAGUAAAAUAUAUGAAAAAGUAGACUGCUUGCAGUCCGCCUUUUCUCUUAAAAUCCGUCUAGUUCUUAUCUAAUCCAGCGCGAUUGCAAACCACGAUAUAAUAUUAUUAUUUAGGGAUUGAGACGAGACGAGAAAAGACGGACUGCUGACUCUUUUGUGGUAAACAAACCCUCCGUCAGCUAGCUUACGCCCUCGUUUCUCGCGGAAAGCGGCUUCGCCGCUGGCGUGCUUAGGUUUCGUGCAGUAACUUUGCAAAGGAAAAUAAGAGACUGCUCGCAGUCUAAUGAAAAAGAACCUCGAUAUAACAGAACCUCGUUAUAGCGAACUAAUUUUGCAAGUCCCUUAGCCCUUCUUUAUAUCGAGGUUCCACUGUAAUUGCUUUAAUGAAGUCAGUCAUUCUCUCAUCGUCUCCUUACUACGGAUUCCGAGGGUGAAUCGUACAACCCUCGAGCGGGCAAGAUAAAGCCAAUCCUGUGUUCUGAAUGGCUACGCGAGUGGCAACUAUCUUGCCCGAUCGGGAUUUCCCGCGUCGAUCCCACAAGAAUAAGUUCUCUUUUUCGUCAUAUAAUAAAUCCUAUAUUGACCAAGCUUGUUUGGUCGAGAUAGAUCAAUACUGGCCUAGUUCUUUUUUGCGUUUUAAUCGACCUCGCCUUUGUCUCGGUCCAUAAAAACACACAAAAGAACUUGGCUAAUAUUCUGCCAUAGGUAUAAUAUAUUCUACUGUAAUAUUUUUCAACUGUAUAAAACUCCUUAAGUUCCCCAAAUAGUAGCAUAAUACCCUUGGAAAAUUGCCCCAGAGCUGCGAUAGCGAUUAAUGCACCUAUCAAUGUAAAUCCCUUGGGGGGAGGCGGGCAAGGGAGGGAUUUGAUGCCUGGGACUAUUCCCGCUGUCGGGCUUUUGAUUGUGCGAAGGGACCCCGGGGUCGGGACAUUUGACUUUGACCGACAGAAGCCUGGUAUCAAUUCAGAAGCAGUUACCAAGUCCGUCCCUCGAGGCUUCCUGAAAGUCACGCUGUUGGAGAAAGGUAUGAAGUUUUCAUUUGUUUUAAUCGCCAUAAUCCGAUACUUUAAACUGUCAUCUAAACAGAUAAUGUCUAUUUUGAGAAAGUUUUUAUCUUCAAGUUCCCAUCUGAUUGUAAAACUCGAUUGAAAUCGAAUUCCACCAUGAAAGUCAGAGGAUUUUUUAUGGGUCACUGAUCCGACCUGUUCCGACAUGUUGAGCAGAUGUUAUAAAGCAUUUUACGUUUUAUUAAUAUUAUAUAGCACGGUCAAUCCUCCUGGAGUGAUUUUGUUGUUCAAGAUAAGAGAUGCUAGUGGAGAGAGAAAACACUUAAUUACAGCGAGUAAUUUAAUGGAGCUUACGUUAACCUUAAAUAAAAGUAGUAACAACGUGUUUGAAAUGUUCUUUUAUUCGUUUUAUAUAGUAUUAUAGCAUUGUUUGUUUAGAUUUUUUCCCCUAGGGUGGGAGCUUUUUUGACACUUUUGAUUGACCUUUCGUUUCCCACCCUGGGGAAUUUGAUCAAAAAAUUUUAAAAUUUGUCAAAUCCCCACCCCUUGCCCGCACUCCCCCCCGGGGUUUACAUUGAUAGGUGCAUAAGGCGUAGUUCAAACUUCGAACUUUUGGGUCACUUCCAAAUUUCUCAAGUUUAAACCAACACAAUCGCGAAACCACUUUCCAUUCUUUUUACUUAAAGUAAGCAAAAAAAUUACCGCGAAUUUGUCGUUAGAUUCCUUGUUGCGGAUAGUUUUAUUUUUGCUUUUUCGUUUAAUUGUUCGUUAGGGUUGACGUUCCUUUUUUUCUUUCUUCAGGUACACAGUCGCUUGUUCAACUGUCAUGUCCAGUAUUAGCUAUGUCGUUAACUUCAAAGAAUCUGUAAAAUAUUUGAAAUAAAAUAUACCCUUCUAUUUUUUCUUUUAUGAGUAUAUUCCAGCUCAUUACUUGUGCAAGGCUCUAACAUUUUUUUCUUUACUACGAAAGACUGCAGUUACGGGAGGGAAAGUGUCAUUUUAGUCGGGCUUAAAUUAAUUAGGAGCAUAAUUUUGGACAGAAUACUUUAAGUUCAUGGGCGUUGCCGAAAAACCAUACACUCGUUUUUACGAGCACAACCAUCCGUCAGACCCUACUACAAAUUUAAUCUUAAACAAUGCACUUAUUAAAUUAUAGGCAUAUAAAUACAACAUACUAGCUAAAACUUACAGUAUAAAAAUAAAAAGCUUUAAAGCUCACGGAACCUAAGGUCAUGCAGUUAUGUUUAGGACUUCCAUUACUGUCCCCUGACAACUCACCGUGCGUUAUUCACAGCUGGGGACUACACGGAGAAUAUCAUUAUUUGUAAUUAUUACUAUCAUUGUUUCUUUCUAAUUUCUUUGCACGACUCGUGUCAGUGAACCUUGAGAGGGAAUGUAAAUGUUAGUUAACCUGGUGUACUUCCUCUGUCAUCCGGUUUCCGACAAGUGAGGUGAAGAGUCCUUAUUGAACUGACAAUAUAACCCAGUGUUUCUUAAAAGAAACAAUCAAUGAAGCGAGGACAAAAUUUGUAAAUUGGCGUUAAGUUUCUUUGUACGUAGACCUGCCAAUGGUUAAACUACACGAGCUUAUAAACAUAAGCGAUUAUUCGUCUUUAGACAACAAUUAAAUCUCUAGUUAGUUUAAAAGCACACAAUGGCCAUAAAGCAGAUUAGCAUAAGUAAAUUUGCCCUUAAGCGAUUGGCGCGCUUUUUAUUUAUCGAUCAACGUAACUUGAAAGAGUUUUAUCAUAGAAUCCGGGCAAAGAAGAACUCGUCAUGGCUUUGCUGUUUCGUUUAAGAUUAUGUAUCUCCGUCGCACUUUUAUCGUGUUUAUCAGCUCAUGGAGAACAACAUGGAUCUGCCCUACACGAUUCAAAGGUUACGAAAGAUAAAGAGUGAGUAUACAGCCGGUAUUUUAAUAUGCAAAUUCAAAAAUCCCGCUUUAGUUCGACGAGGAAAUGGAGAAUUGUUAGUUUCUUCAACUUCAGUGCAGUGAAAUAAAUUUUAGAAUUCAGAUACAAGCAGCCAUCAAAGCUCCAAGACUUUGCAGCUUUUAAAAAGUGCAAAAUUGGUCUAAUUUAUAUGGUAAAGAGCCACAGAUAUUGCUGCAUAAAUUUUGAAGUUUCUGAAGCGUUUGUCAUGGCGAUAGUGUUAACUUGCGUUUCUUCUCUCGCUGAAAAGAACAACUGUUACAAGUCUUGUAAAGGAUAUUCAUUUGUAUGUAAUUCAUACUUAUUCCAGUUCAAACCGUAUAAGUUCGUAACAUGUCAAAUGAAAAUCGGUCAAAAAUUUGGUGUUUUUAAUUUUCUGAACGAUGUUUUGUUUUUCCUUGUGUGUCUUUCUUUUGCAUGUCGAAUAUUAAAUAUACUACCAAAAAACAUACGAUGAAAAACAAAAACCGAGGCGCCUGCUUUUGCCGAUUCGGCGUUGGCGAGAUUUUUCUAAACAAAUCGCCGGGCUUGAUAUUCAGUGCUAGCACUCAAUUUUGUUUGAGUUUUAAAUUCGUUAAGAUGGCCUCAAUAUUGCGAAGUUAUAGCGAGAAUCGUCAAAACAACUUGUUUUAUGUAAAUUUGUCCAAUGACAGGAGAUGCUGUACUGAGACAUAUCUAAAGCAGGUGCUUUUAAGCCAGCCGGUUUAAUAAUUAGUUUAUUUACCUUAACACCAUUCUACACAAAAAGCAAAAAGGAUGAAAUUAUUCAAAAUAUACAUCUGAAUUUGAAAUCGACAGGAGCUCAGUAACAUCUAAAAAGAAGAAAGGAUGCAUGCAUGACAUGCCUAGUUAUCUCCUAUGUAGAGGGUCUGCAAAGCGGGAUCCUGAACCCUCUUCUUUUUCCCGAGAAUCCCGCAUCCCGAACUUCUAUCAUCGCUAUCCCGAAUAUUGGCGUUUUCUUUCUACAUUUCGCAUCCUUGCCCAAAUUUUCUCAAUCCCGUUUCCAGGCCGGUAGCAGUAAAAUUCCGUUUCACGUUAACGUUUCGUAAAUCCCGCACUAUAUUUUGACCAAAUUGCGGAUCUCGUGAAUUACCCUUCCAGACCCCGCUAUGCAGUGAUGCAUUUUUAAAGCCCGUAGGCAGGAUUUUUGUUGGAGAUUUGCGUAUGAGUAGAGCAUGGAAGGUGAAAGUAUUGUGCGAUAAAGGGGCGGUUCUGGGAGCAGGCUUUUCCAAUAGAAUUUUCAAAAACUGAAUUGUCUUUGGUUCAUUUUCUGGCUCUUUGAAAGCAAGCACAGGGGCCUCUUUUACUAGAAAGGGACCUUUUAAAGUCGGGGUACAACGACGGCGACAGGCAAAGAGAACAAACAGUAGGUUUAGGUUCCGUCCAGCGUAUUCGAAUUGUUUUCGACCGUCUACACGAAAACGCCCAAACAACGAAAAUACAAUAGCAUCCCUGCGUUUUUCGUGCCCGACAACGGCGUUUACGUGAAGAUGGAAGGCAAGAGCGAAUGAGAUCAUUCUCUCUUGCGGAAGGCUAAAACAGAGAAAAUAACUCUCCGUUUUCAAUAGCAUCCGGAUGCGUCCCAGUGCCGGACGGGGCCUUAGUCGAAGGUGGACGUGUCCUUAAGGGUAGACGUUAGUGUUCAAAAGUACGUGCUUACAUUUUAGCAUAUAUAGGCCUAGGGAGCCACACGAGAACACCCAUCAAAUUCAGUAGCAAAAUGUCUGAAUAGCAACAACGAUGAUGACGGCAACGAAAAUGGGAAAAAACAAUCAGCAAAACAACAGCUAGCUUUGCGUGUGCAUCACACUUUUUGUACAUUUCUAAGCCGUCAUUGCACAACUGCGACAUGAAACUUCCUACAUGGAAUUUCAGGUGCCUGCUUUAUAGAGUACGUUGACAAAUAACAAAAAUUUUCCUCUUCUUUUUCUUAACUUAGAUACAGUCCUUUCGGAUUAAACCCUAGAAAAUUUCGUCAACAUUUGACAAUUUAAAAGAUCGAUGAAGUUUGAAACAGUGCGCAUUCACUUUUUAAGUGACUUUUUUAUUUGUUGCCAUCCAAAACUUUUCCUCCCAUGCCAACAUAAUGUAACGACUUCUCAGUUAAUUCCACUUUAUUCAUGCGUUGAAAUUGGGCUUGCACCCUUUUCACUUCAAGAUGGGUUACAAGCAGGUAGAUGGAUUUGCUGAAAAGGUCUCGAGAAUGCAUCUACUUACCAUAGCAUGAAACGUCUCUCUUUUUUCAGUUCUAUUUACAAAUCUUCACUACUUCUCAACUCUUAGCGAAUACAGAAUUCUAAAUCUCACACUCACCUUCAAACCUACCCCUAAUUAGGGGAUGCAUUGCUGAUGGGCAACCGAUUUAAUUUAAAGUAACUUUAAGCUAAUGGGUGCUCAGUGGGUGGGGUGUAGUCUCCCAUAUCCACUUCCCCUGAAUAUUCCACUGAAUUGCUUAUCUAACAAGACCUCAUUUGUCAUUUGAUAGUCACAUCAAAGAACAUCUGAAAGAGGAAAUCGGUGAUGUAAAAGAAGAAAUAAGUGAUGAAGACAUGCAGUUCCACUAUUUUAGACUACAUGAUUAUGAUGGCAACAAAAAACUGGAUGGCCUUGAAAUUUUUAAAGCACUGAGCCACUACCAUAAUGAAACAGGAAUCAAUGAUACUGCAUCAACCGCAGAGGAAAACAUGGCAGAAACAGUGGAUCAGAUUCUUAGCUAUGAUGACACAAAUAAUGAUGGCUACAUUGACUAUCCUGAAUAUAUCAAGUCACAAGAGGAGAUCCGUAAUGGAAAAAGAGAUGAACCUGAAUCUCACUGAUAACAAAUGUUUUAAGCCAGUAUAAUUUAAUGUUUCCAUCAUGUUCUGUUUUGUUCCCUUUGAAAGCCCUAUGAGGGUUUUUUUCACUUCUACGUGCACAACCCACUUUGAGUGGACUAAUGGUUAGGGUCUGGAAUGGAGAAAGCCUGAGAAAAUAGUCCACAUGUUAGGAUACUGCCACGGGUUUCCCCAAGAAAUGAUGUCUGAGGAAUGAGCACAGAAAUUCCAUUCUUAUGAUGCAUGAGUAUCCAGAUCUGGGUUGAGCUUCUGAUUGGUCGACCAAUCAGUACCACUACCCAGAUCUGGGUAGCAACAUGUCAUCAGAACGGAAUUUCUACAGUCGUUCCUCAGACACCAUUUUGCUGGGAAACCAGUAAUAGCAUUGCCAAAAGUCGGCUGUUUUCUUAGGGUAAAAUAGAGGGAAAGUAAGUGUAGAACAGUGUAAAAACAGCCAGGAAGUGAGCUUUGUCAGAAAAAAUGGUUAAAAAAGAUGUCUGAUGUUUUAGCUUUUUUAAACAUAGUCAUUACAAAGUGUGCAGAGCCAAAACCACCAUAAUUCUUAAAAAUAUGGAAAAGACAAAUGACUUAUUUUGAUGUGAUGUACUCAUUAAACGCUAUUUUUCCACAUUCUUCAACAUAUGAGAAGAAUAUUAUUGCUAGAAUGCUUUAAUGCAUUCAAAAUAAACAUUAAUUUCGCGUUACCCUACAGCUGUACUACUGUGUUGUACCUGUUUUCUUUUUCGGACUAUUCAAACUUAGCAAAACAAAACAGAUUUAGGUUAUUCCAGGUGGCUGUUGCAAAAAGUCUGCAUGGUGCAAGUUUCUGCAAGCAGAAACCUACUUUCAUCUAUACCAGACACUUUUCUAGCAUGAGCCACAGAUGAAACCAAACCUCAGGUUAAGUCUGUCUACGAGACAGUAUCAAAAUUCUUGUUCUGAGACCCCACCUGUGUACCAAGACUUGAGUACAGGCCAUGGUUUGCCUGUUAAAAAAUUCAUUGUUCGAAUGGACAAUCAAGUUAGUAGAAAAUUCGAAAUACACUUCCAGUAACUUAUUAAGUCUAUUGGAUGCCUAGAACAAAAUAUCUUGGACUGCUUCGCAGAUGUUACUACCGGGUGGUGAGAAUACAUCAGCGAUGCAGGCUAACACUUUUCGUGCCUCCCAAUUGUGUUUGGUGAAAGGGCUUCAACUGAAAUUCUCUGUGAACAUAACUGCUGUUUCUUGCCCUGUUACAUGUGUUUGGUAUACCAGCAGCAUGUCUGACAAAAUACCUAUUAAG